GCCCCGCCCCCGCCGCCUCAGCGCUGCCCGGUGCCGGCCCCGCUCGGCGGCCGCGCCCCGGAGCGUCCCGCACGCUGCCUUCGCUCUGCCCUGCCCCGAGCCAAGGAAUAGAGGGGAAAAACCUGACAUUCCUGAAAAUGGCAGCUGAGACAUCCACAGAAGUUGCAAAAACAGCUAAACAAUUCGUCCUUAAGGAAGAGGUAAUCGUAGAAAGACAAUGGUUGAAGCUUGCAGAAACAACUUACACUGAUCCAUUUGGGAAAACCAGAACUUGGGAAACUGUAAAGCGUACUGGCAACAAAAAGGGAGUUACAGCUGAUGGUGUAGCAGUGAUAGCAGUGCUACAGAGAACCCUGCACUAUGACUGCGUUGUCCUGGUGAAACAGUUCAGGCCCCCAAUCAAUGGCUACUGCUUGGAAUUUCCUGCAGGCCUCAUUGAGGAGAACGAGUCAGCAGAAAAUGCUGCUCUUCGAGAGCUGAAGGAAGAAACUGGGUACAAGGGGGAAGUCAUUGAAUGUACUCCAGCUCUGUGCUUGGACCCAGGAAUGUCAAACAGCACAACACACAUCGUGAGCGUCAUCAUUAAUGGAGAUGAGGCUGAGAACACAAGACCUAAGCAAAACCUUGAUGAUGGAGAAUUUGUGGAAGUUGUUUCACUUCCAAAGAAUGACCUACUGCAAAGAAUUGAUGAACUAGCCGCAGAGGAACAUCUGGCAGUAGAUGCCAGGGUUUAUACUUAUGCUUUGGCUCUGAAGCGUGCAGCAGAAAAACCGCUCCAAGUUCCUUUUAUGAAGUUCUAGAACUGGACAAUGAGGAAUUUAAUUUGAAAUUGCCCAAGUUGGAUGGCUUAGAAGUACAAGUCUUCUUGUAAUCAAGGUCCUUUGCUUUACUUGCAGCAAAAAAAAAAAAGUGUUUGUAGUAAUGAUUCUGGUAUUUUUAUUUGGAAUUAUGUAACUGACAUAAAGCAUUUCUUUGAGCUGCUCUAUCAAGCCUUGACAGAAUAUCAAUAAUAAAAAUACUGUUUGAUUUUCAGAAUGGCUCAUUUCUAACU